AUGAUUUUCCUGGAGCCCGAGGUGGACUACUUCAGGAUGCAGCUGCACCACCUUGCAUUGCCACGCGAUAUUUGCCUGCCGGGCUCAGCAAAGAAGUCGUGCAGUUUGGAGAAGUCCGUAGAAGAAGGGCCCACACCUGCCCCGCCCGCGUCAGGCAAGACGAAAGAUGUAUCGACUGGUUCCCUCUCGACUGAGGAAAAGGCGGAGGUACUGCACCGUGCACUGCUGACAGCUCUUCAUCAGCGAUUCCCA